AUGUUAAGGUUUGUUGGUUUCUACAAGAAGUUCUGUCGGCCUUUAUCCAUUUCGCUGGACUACACGCUGGAGACCACCAAGGAUGCAUUUUUGCUGAAAUUUCCAGAAGUGAAAACAAUGGACAGAAUACUGAUCCAGGUCCUUGAUGCAGAACUUGGAGAGUUUCUGGAUUGGGAUAAGGAGACAAGACUGGCGGCAGGCUCAAAAAUCAAAGCCUCCCAGCUGACACCUCAUGAACAAACCCCACCUCCUGUGGCCAGUACAUCAGAAGUGCCUGAACCGCCACCAGUGGUGCAGGAGAGUUCGAGCUCUAUGCUCGAUCCAAGGAACUAUGUUUUUCCUCCGACGCCUAAAGAUAUACUACACAACUUGUCGAAAGUGCAGCCGAAGUCUGGGGUGUCUGCGAAACUCCGGCGUCGCAUCACAGAAUGGAUGUGUUUUGAUUUGUUUCGAUACACACUGUAUCCUGCCAAGCUCUACGAGCACGCUGCCAGACAGCUUGUCUUGCGCCACACCAUCCUGCAAGACACAAUUGGAAAUGGCCAUGGUACCUGGCACCGUGCAUUGCGUUUUAAGUGCGAGUUCGAGCGAUCCAAGUUUGUAAACGACGGCGAGAUCGCAUCUACCCGAGAGAAGUUUGGGAGGCACGCAGCCAAGCAAGACGCUGCGAAUGGGUUGGAGUCGGCGAAGAGAGUCUGCCGCCAGGAUGAUUACAGCAUCGAAGGCCGCAUAAAGUCUAUGCAAAGAGAGAUGGGGAAGGAGAGCCCAGACACAGACAAGCUCUUGGAUGGAUUGACCCGAACGUUUGCUGCCCGUCGGCAUUGGAUUGUAAAGGAGCGCCCCUCCGCCCAGGAGAUCCUCCAGCGCUUUCCAGCUCUCGAGAGAGCAGAAGAAAUCUUCCUAGAAUUCCAAAGAUUCGGGGGCAAGUCACCUGUCCAAACCAUCACUGUGGUGGCCCAAGAGGAAAUGGACACAGCGCUGGACGUGGCUUCGAAGAAGGUGGACAAGUUCACGUACGAGAUCUUGGAGAGGGCUGACACGCGUAGUGAGGAGGAUCGUCAGUUGGUGACCACCCUGGCCCUGCUAGUCACUCUUCCACGUGCUGUGAGGGAGAAGUCCUCUUCAUUUUUCCAGAACACGGAAAAUCUUUACUAUUGGGCAUUGCAACAUUGCUGCAACAAUGUCAAUAUGCAAGAAAAAAACUAA